AUGUUAGUAGUAGGGCUCGGACAGAAAUAUUCAGAUUGUUUCUCGAUCAUGGAGGCGACCCUUCCCCUAUCCGAAUAUCUGGAGAAUGCGCUUCCCGACUCAGCUGACUCCAAUGACCUCCUUCUCGAACGAAUGAGGGUAAAUGAAUCAAGAAACAAAAGGCGCAGGGUGUGGAGGUGGCUUAAUCCAUUGCGUGUUUUAGAAUACAUACAAGGGGGCGAAACUGAAGUCCUAGACUUGAUUUUGAUGUAUCUCAGCAUUAUUAGUCUGGAGAUACUACAAAUUUGCAAUUUUGGUCAUCGUUAG